CGUUCGUGUCUCUCCAAAAUGUCAUGUAAAUUUCUCAAUUACGAAAAGUYAUAUUAGUAAUAUACACUAACACUUCAAAAMAUAAUCCAAUGCAAAGGAAAGCCCAUGAAUUUCAGUCCUAAGGACUCCAAACUUUUACAUUUUUGGCAAAGUCKUCACUUCGAUACUGAAACASAGGGAAAAGACGAUGCUGGGCUUUCAAGAAAGGCUGAUAGUCUACGUUCGCUCAUGACACAAGUGGAUGUUUUAUCAUCAAGCUCCUCAAUAAGUAGCUUUGGUCGUGACCAUCUUUUGCAACAGUAUGCCGACAAAUAUUGUAAACUUGUGGACGAACAAGAUAAUAAUAAAGGCUUGAAUAACUUUGCAGAGCCUGUCCUUAGCCUUGUGGCAGGACAUAAUAAUGACAGUGAAAACUGGAAGUCAUCGCUGUCUCUUGAGGAAWUUAAAAAAACAUCAUUAUGGCAAGAGAUUGUAAAUAAAGACAAGCARCAAGAACUUAGAAAAAAAKYUCAUCCAAUACCAUCCUCCACAAUUACUCAAGGUSAAGAAGACACAGCUCCCUUUCCUAUAGAGCCAAAGGAAAAAGAUUGGUCCAUUAAUAUUACCACUGGACAUGCCGYCAUUGACCAGGCRAAGUCCAAACCACCUGUUAAUGGAAUAGGAAUGGAUGACAAUAUGWCAAAUAAGAGAAAGUUACAUUUUGUUUACCCUUCAGACUAUCCAGAAACAAGCAAUGUUAAAUUUCCUGGUAGUAACCAAGAGAGCAGACCACAUCCCUGGAGYACAGGAUUGCCUCAACCYCCUGAAAGCACUAAUAAAUACAAUAGACUACCAUUAUCUGCAAAGGAUAAUCAAGAACCAAACAGAUUUUCAAAUAAUAAUGAUGAUAAUUAUGCAUCAAGACCAUCAAAGUUUAUCACUGCAAAACAGCAAUAUAUCAUUGACAGUAAAACAAAGAACCARAAGUCAGAUCAGUCUAACAGGGGAGGGGGYUCUUCUGGUUAUGGAGGCAAUGCAAGGAAAACCUUGGGAACUAGACGUGGUCCAAGCCACAAGUUUGUGCCUCCAGUACCAAGGAAUAAUAGUGAUGAAGAAUCAUCAGCAGAGGGUGGAGGCUUCAUGAGGAGGAAGAAGAACGGUGAUACUAGAGAUACAGACAAUAACGGCAUAGAGCUGGAUGAACGCCUGAAGAACAUAGAACCAAAAAUGGUUGAACUUAUCAUGAAUGAGAUAAUGGAUCAUGGUCCACCCAUUACCUGGAAUGACAUUGCUGGAUUGGAGUUCGCCAAGAAUGUCAUUAAAGAAAUAGUUGUAUGGCCCAUGCUUAGGCCUGACAUCUUUAAAGGCCUAAGGGGACCCCCCAAGGGUUUGUUAUUGUUUGGUCCACCAGGGACAGGAAAGACCCUGAUUGGUAAAUGUAUUGCAAGUCAGUCCAAAGCUACUUUCUUUAGUAUCAGUGCAUCCUCRUUAACUUCAAAAUGGGUUGGUGAAGGAGAGAAGAUGGUUAGAGCGUUAUUUGCCGUAGCAAGAUGUCAUCUACCAGCUGUGAUCUUCAUUGAUGAGAUAGAUUCAUURUUGACACAAAGAACUGAUGGAGAACAUGAAGCAUCAAGAAGAAUCAAAACUGAAUUUCUGGUGCAAUUGGAUGGUGCAACUACAAACACUGAUGAAAGACUUCUUGUUGUUGGUGCUACAAAUAGACCCCAAGAGAUAGACGAGGCAGCAAGGAGAAGACUUGUUAAACGUCUAUAUAUUCCUCUUCCUGAUGCAAGUGCUCGUCAGCAAAUCAUUUGCAAUUUGCUUUCGCAACAGAGCUAYAGUUUAACAGAUAAAGAGAUUGGUAUUAUAGUUACCAGAACUGAAGGGUAUUCUGGGUCAGAUAUGAGUAAUUUAUGUAGAGAGGCUGCUAUUGGUCCAAUCCGUUGCCUGGCAACAGCUGAUAUAGAACACAUCUCUGCAGACCAGGUUCGCCCAAUAGAAUUACAAGAUUUUGAAUCUGCUUUAAGUCAAGUGCGRGCAAGUGUAUCUGACARAGACUUGAAUUUGUACACUGAAUGGAAUACGUUAUAUGGUAGUGGAAGUAAAUGACAAUAGAGUACCUUAUAUGGAAGUAAAUACCUUAUUUGGWAGUUAAUUACAAUUGUAC